AUGUUGCGAGUUUGCAAGGAACCGGCCUCAACAAACAAAAAUGACCUCGUCGCUUUUUUUUCUCUUUCCAUCCUAUUUGUCUUAACCGGCAACGCUUUACUGUGGUAGCGAUGAAAAAAGCCGCCAUUCUCACGAUUUCGAAUCGUUUUCUUGGAAUCAAAGGGGCUCGCCGCCUUUCGAACGGUUCCUUGGAAUAGAGGAGAGCCGCGCAGCAGACGCCGUCCAGGCCACGCCCCCUUUUACGCGCCGCGUCACCCGAUGGGCCCGCCCCUUUCUGCCGGCAGCUUCUGCCCUUUAUGCACUCGUCGAGUCGUCUCCGGCUGCGGCGGCGGUCGUCUCCUCUCCUUUUUUACCUUCUUAUCAACGGCCCCAGGGUCGGCUCCUAUCAAUCAAAAUUUAAAGACCGAGUUUUUGAAUUUGAACGAGCGGCUUUUUGGCUUUCAGUGUUGAAACGUUUCCAAUAACUGUAUUUCAAGAGCUUUUUUAUAUGCUACAUAUUGUUAAGGUCUAAAAUUUUUUGAACUUUAGGAAGAAAAAGCGCUCUGAUAAGCUUUAAGAAAAUUCUUCGGCUACCUUUUUUGAAUAACCCUUUUAUAUUUUUGACGAUUAAGAUCCUCGGCAGCUUAUAAAUUUUUAUAUCUUAUUUUAAAGUUUUUGAAAAAAAUGAGAAAAAAAUGAAGGUAAUCGAUUCAAAAGACGAAAUUUAUUGAGUUUUUUUCAAUUUCAACCAUCAAAAACCAUUCAAAUUUCCCAUUAUUUGGACUCUUUUUAAAUGCAUUUUUCCAUCUGAAAGUUUUCUAGAAGAAGAAAAAGGCUAUCAUUUUUGAAAUUGAGUUCGAAUUUUGUCAGUUUUGAAUUAUGAAGCCUUCAAAGUACUCUCAUAUUUUUUUCCAAAUUCUUUUACUGGGAAUUUAAAUUUUUCUUGUCGUUUCGCGGGCUUUUUCUCGUUUUAUUUUUCCCGAGGAACCAUUUUAAUCAUUUUUUGAACUUCCAGAGCCCUCACAUCAUCACCAUGACCAAAGUGAGAGCGAGCAUAGAACUGAGAAAGUACUUGGAAAACGCCGACUUGACAGAAGACGACUGGAUUGGCGCUUUGGAAUAGUGAGUUUACCGUUUCGAGCUCAACGCCCCUUGAUAAAUUGCCCGAUUUUUCAGCUGGUUGGUGGAUGUUUGGGUUCGAUAUUACUUGCGGGAGCCGCGGACGCCAAAGUUCUCGGUGGGCGACGAGGAAGAGGCGACGGACUCGUCUUCAACUUCGUCCGUCAUCACGGAGAUCACGGAGGUCGUCGAGGAGAAGGAGGAGUCCAAGGAGAUCCGUCCGGAGGUCGGCAUCCAGUGCAACUUGGACGCCGAGUUCGCAGAGGCCCAGCAGCUGGCCAAGAAGCAGGAGGUCAGUUAUUUUGUCCACAAGAAGAGGGAAGAACAGUUUUUCGAUCCAAAAAAGGAAAUAAUUUCUUUUUGAAAGAAGAGGAAGAUUGAGAGAAUUGAGGUGAAAAGGCUUUCAAAAUGAAAUAAUCUUUUUUUUUUCGAAAAAAAAGAAGUUAAUAUGGGGCCUCAGUUGAAAUAGCCCUCAGAGGGUGGAAAAGAAGUAGUUCAGAAAUAUUUUUAAAAAAUUCAAGGAAAAAAAUCCUUUAAAAAAAUCGACUCUCUAAUAGUUUUUCAUUUUGAAUCUUGCAUUUUCAAGAAGAAAGGAAAAUUUCCAGCUCAAAAAAAAGAAGGCAAGGAUAAGAAGAAUGAGAGAAUUGAGACGAUAUAAUGGUUUGAAAACAAUUGAACGAUCGGUAAAGAAGAUAGGAUAUCGUGUGAAAAAAAGCCUUCAGAGCGCAAAAGAUUACUGAAUUUUGGAUAUAAUUUUGAAUUUCGGCAAUAUGAAUAAUAAAGAAUGAUGAUAAUAUGAGCUAGCAAUGGAGCAAAACUUUCUUCAGAAAAGUUUUUUCCGACGCUUUCUCGGACAGAGUCAUUUUAUAGCUCAUCCAGUUUGGUUUGAAAACAUUUCUUUUUAAUAAAGUAGCGGGCAAAAAGAAGUUCCAAAAAAGGAUUGAGCAAAAAUUCUCUCUGAAGACCAACCCUCGCUUGAGCUGUUUUUGGAAAUUUUCUCAAAAAAGAACGAGUAUUUGUUUCUGAAAAAGAAAAAGGAUUCAACAACGCGUUUGAUAGAGCCAAAAAGUAAAAAAGAAAAAAGAAAAACAGAUCUUUUUGAGAAGGUUUCAGAACUCAUUCGGGAUUAAAAGUAUGAGAAAAAAGUCUUCCAAAAAUUUUUUUCACAGAAUACUUCAGAUUGCGGCUUUAAAAUUGGAACAUAAAUCGCAAUCUAAAAAAAAGAAUAAUUCUUCUCUUGCCAAAGAUGAAAAAAAAACGAUGAAUUUGUGAUAGAACACAAUUUUUUUCACGGGAUUUCGUCUUCUCAAAAAAAUCGCUGAUCGGCUUUUUAGAAAAAAAGUUGUCAAAAUUUAAAAAAGAACGUUUAAAACAGAAUUUUGACGGUUUUUCAGAGCUAAGAACUGGUUGAUUUGAAACAAAUGGGAAGAAGUGAUAUAUCUUGAGAAAAGCUCAAAUUUUCGAGUUUAUGGACCGAUUUUUCAACGAAAGUCCCUCGCGAUCAGAUUAUGAGCUUGAAUUUAUUUUUUUCGAAAAAAAUCGGUAUUUUUCUAAGGAAAAAAAAUUCAAAAAUUAAUAAAGAAAAGAGUACGAAACAGAUCUGAAAAUUUUCAAAGCGAAGAAAUUUUUGAUUUGAAAAAUCCGAGAAGAAACUCUCACUGGAAUAAUCAUUGGAAAAACCCAAUAUUUUCGAAAAUAAAUUUCUAAACCGAUUAUUAAUCAUUUCCUUGAGACCAUUUUUGAAGCCUUAUUUGAAAAAAAAAGUUUGUGAGAAAGCGGCCUUUUUUUCAAAGGAUGGGCUCUAAAAAUUUAUAUCACCAAUAAUAGUCGCUUCCACUAUAAUCGGAUCUUUUGCAGCUCGCACCAGGAGCCAGAACUUUGGAUGAUGUUGAGGGAGAUUGGAGAACUGGUAAUUUCCCGCGAAAAAUCGUCCCGAAACUCAAUGCGAAACGUUUCAGGACGUCGCAUUACGGCAGGCGAAUCGAUGCGACUUCUGAAGCAGGGAAUCAUGAAACUGCGCGAUUUGGAAGGGGCUUUCGGCAACGACGAGGCGAUCAGCAUCCGAAGGACUUUCUACAAUCUGGGCAGCGGGAUUCCCUUCAAGGACUACGACUACAAAUACGUGGGCGCCGUCGUCGGGGCCUUCUCAGAAUAGGACGUCUUCAGGUGGUCGAGUCGUGUUGCGAGAACGUCGUCGGAUACAUCCCGGUGCCGGUCGGAGUCGUCGGCCCGCUGCUCGUCAACCACGUGCCCGUCUUCGUCCCGAUGGCCACCACCGAAGGAGCUCUCGUCGCUUCGACCAUGCGCGGAUGCAAGGCCAUCGAGGUCCGUUCUGGGGAUCUUUCCUAGGAGUAUUUGAACUGAAGUCGGCUCAGAAUGCGUUGCGAACAAAGUUGAUGAGCGAAAAAUACAUUUUUGAGAAACUUUUACUUGAUAUCCAAGGGAGUAUGAAGCAUUAAAGGCAAAAAAAUCUUUAAUUUAAUGAUAAAAAAUGAGCUUCGAUCAUUUUUUCCAAGGAUAAUUUGAGCCGAAAGCGUCGUGGUAGCUCUGAAUUUUUUUCAUAACGGAACCAGAAGGCGUUGCGAGUAAAAGUUGAAGAGAAAAAAAGUUCGUUUUGAAAAAUAAAAUAUAGUUUUUGAGAAGGUUUUACUUGAUUUCCAAGUGAGUAUGAAGCAUUAAAAUCUUUAAGAUCUCUAAUUUCAUGAUUAAAAAAAUGAGCGGCAAUCAUUUUUUUUUUUUUUGAAGGAUAAUUUGAGCUGAAAGCGUCGCAGUGGCUCCAGAAUGCAUUGCGAACAAAAAAUAAAGAGAGCGAAAAAUGGCUUUUUUUAUAUGAAAAUUCAGUUUUUUUAGAAGUGUUUCACUUUGGAUUGAAGUAAGUAAAAUGUAUUGAAAUCGUUAAAAUAUAUAAUAAUUAUUACCAAAUGAGCUUCGACCAUCGAUGCCCAAUUUUUUUCUUCAACUCAAUAAAUUUAUAAAAUAAAUAAGUUUGAGCUAGUCAAAGGUGGCCUAGAUUCCAUUGGAAAUACGCCGCUAUUUGUCCACCCAUCAGCCCAAAUAUGGUGCCAAAAAUCAUCUAAGCUUCAAUCUGAAGACAGUUUACUGUUUCAGAUGGCCGGCGGAGUGAAAUCGUACGUCUACGACAACGGAAUGACCCGUGCGCCGGUCGUCAGCUUCCCAUGCGCCGGAGAAGCCGUGUACGUCUUCCGAUUUCCUUUUUUGAACAGAAAUAAUGAAAAUUAAAGAAAAAGCUUCUACUCUAUUAUUUGCCUUCUUUUCAGCUGCUUGAAACGUUGGAUGGACAUCCCAGAGAACUAUGGAGUCGUGAAGAGGGAGUUUGAAAGCACUAGCAGGUUUAGAAAGCGCAUGGAAAAUCUAGAAAAAAAACGGCCGUGUUUUAAAGAUUCGCUCAGUUGAAGCGCGUGGAGGUUAUUGUGGACGGAUGUCUGGUUUUCUUGCGUUUUGUCGCUUUCACCGGAGACGCCAUGGGCAUGAACAUGGUUUCCAAGUGGGCUUUUAUUCAUUUUUCAUGUUUAGAAAAAAAAAGUUGGGGCUUUUUAGCUGCUUUUCCUGUUUCACUUUUGCAAUAAAUGAGAAAAUUUAUAACUUUAGUGGUUUCAGAUCUUCACUUUCCGUUAAAAUUUCAGCUUCUUGACUUUUUAGCUGUUUUGAAAAAGUAGUUCGUGAAAUAUUACUUGAAAAAAAUCGGGAAUCAGAUUCCAUUCUAAAAAGUACAUGCUUGAAAAAAAUUACCGAAAAAGAAACAGUAUGAGCGAAUUUUCUUGCUUAAAAAUCUCUGAAUUUCCGAUUUUUCGCUCCUCUCGGCUAUAUUUAUUGCAUUGAACCUCACCAAUUUCUUCAAUUUUCCAAUUUUUCAACAGAAAAUAGAUCCCAAAAGUUAUUUCGCUUUCUUUUUUUUUCCUGAGAGUUUCAAAGUAUUGGUUUUCAAUGAAAAAUCAAUAUUCUAACCACCAUUUUUGCCUAAAAUUUAGCUCUCUUCCUCCUUCUGUCGAUAAGAAACUUGCAAGAAAAAAGUCAAAAGUUCAGUGCAAAACGAAUUUUGCUCUCUUAUCUCUGUACUUUUUCCAGGGGCUGCUCGGCGUCGAUGCGAUUUUUGGCCGAAGAGUUUCCGCGGAUGAAAAUGUUGUCCCUCAGUGGCAACUAUUGCGUUGAUAAGAAGCCGGCCGCAAUCAAUUGGUUCGUUUCCAACGCGAAAUUGGACACAAAAAACGCCAAGCAAAAAAAGCUUUUGCAAAAUUUAUGGGAAAAAUGCGCUUUUUUGGCCACUAAUUGUGAUAAAUUUCCGAAAAAUAGCUCCAACAGGGCCUCCAAAAAAAAGAGGCUGCAACGGCUCAAAAAUGUAGGAGAAGUUUGAGCCGUUCUUGUUUUGCUUUUUUGCGCCCCAUUGACAAAAUUUCGAUUCUGCUCAGAGAAAAAAAAAUCUAGGCCCAGUUCGGUAAAGUUUUCGAAGCUGUUAGUGAAAAAUGAGCCUUCAAAAUUUAGAUGAAAAUGCGCUCCAUUGAUAAGAAUCUAUUUCUCUCCAAUUUCUGAGCAUCAAUUGAUACAAAAGCUCCAAAUAAACUUUUCGAUUGAAGGAUCAACGGCCGCGGACAAUCGGUCGUAGCCGAGUGCGUGUUUUCCGACGCGAUCGUCAAGAAAAUCUUCAAAACGUCUCCGAAAGAGAUCGCCGACGCAUCCACUGUUCGUUUGAUUUCCUCACUCAUCCCUUUCCUGCCACUUCUUCUCCUCUUUUCGAGAACUUUGGUCGUUUUCCUCUAUUUAAGGGCUUACAGGUCAAACUCCAAAUCGGAUCUUCGCGCGCGGGUUGCCUGGGAGGCUCGAACGCCCAUUCCGCCAACAUUGUCUCGGCCAUCUUCAUCGCCACUGGACAGGUAGAGGGGGAAAAAAUUAUUGUUUUCGUUCAAAGAAGUAGAAAAGUUGGGAUGAGUUUCGGAAAAAAAAAAUCAUUUUAGUUUCAAAAUGGUACAAUGUAUCUGAUGGCUUGAAAAUAUUCUAAAAAAUCAUUUCUUUCGCUAAUAAUUGAGCAAAAAAAAAUGCGAUAGAAACGCGAUGUCGCUCUAAAAAUGCGACAUCUUUGCGAUAUCGCGAAUGUGUUGCAUCGCGAUAUCGCGAAUUUCGCUUUUCCCUGCGCCUGACUAGACAUCUAUCGUUAGAGGAAAUAGGUCCAGUCUGAGUGUGGUCAGAAAGAAAAAAGAUAACUAAAUAUUGGAGGGUCAGAGACAAUUCUCCAUUUCACGGAAUCCCCCUCAACCCAACAUAAAACUACCUAUCGGCUCUAUCAAAACGGAUGUUUCCAGGACGCGGCCCAAGUCGUCUCCUCCUCGAUGUGCUCGACUCAGAUGAACGUGACCGAGGAAGGUCAGCUGUACGUCUCCGUGACGAUGCCUUGUCUGGAGAUCGGCACCGUCGGCGGUGGAACGAUCCUUCCGCCACAGAAGACCUGUCUCAAGGUUCAUCCCCUCUGGGUCGGUCCCAAACCAACUCCGGCUUUUCAGCUGAUGGACUGCGCCGGACCGGCCACCGUUCCCGGGGAGCACACGAAGAAGCUGGCGGAAAUCAUCGCCGGAACGGUCCUCGCCGGAGAGAUCUCCUUGAUGGCGGCUCUGGUCAACGACGACCUCGUUUCCAGCCACAUGAAGUUGAACAGGUGACUUUUUGCGGGGGCUAGAAGGGGGCGGGAAACGGGAGAAUGUAGGGGGAAGGAAAUUAUGAUGAUCAUGGCCAUAGAGCUUUAGAUAGAAAAUUUUUGAUUCUGAUUUUAUUUCAAUCAAUCUUUGGCUAGUCGCAGCUAGAGAACAGAUUCAAUAAAAAAUAAUAGGAGAAGUUGGAAAGAGUCAAAAAAAAAAGUCCAUGGCUUUUAGGGUCAUUUCCCAACUACUCGAGACCUUCCUUUUCAAAAUAAUUGAAUUAAAAAAAAAUAUCUGAAAAUUUUAGGGCGAAGUUUUGCACAGAGCUUUCACAGGGUUCGAUAGAAACCAUCUCAAACUCGCCUCAAAAAAAUUCGAGGUUUUUAGAUGAACUUUCUUUGAAAAUAGAUAUAUAAAAAAUUCGGAAUUUGUCUGAAAAAUGUCCCGUUUAUAUGACCUUAAAGAAGAACGACUUUUGAACUCAUUUUCAAUCUCAAAACUGAAGAAACUUGGCCUUGUUCCAGGUCGAAGCUGGACCUUUACCCAGCGGAAGAGGAAAAGACUCGGACCAAACAGCGAAUGCUUCUCGAGAAGUUGGCCAACGACAUCCCCCAGCGCGAUCCCUCGGAACCCAAACAGAAGCGGAUAGAGCGAGUCGAGUGCUCGAAUAUCCUCUAA